GGAUAUUUGAAAUUUUCUGGCCAAUGAAAAAUUAUUUUACAUAUAUCGAAAAUGAAAGUAAACUAAUCAGCUGAGGUAACCAGACCAUGUCACCAACCCCACCAAGAUGCAUGUGCCAACAUAAUGGGAAUAUGGUAACGGACCAUUGUAACGGAAAAUGGUAAUGGACAAUUGUAACGGGAAAUGGUAACGGACAAUUGUAACAGGAAAUGGUAGCGGACAAUUGUAGAGAGUGGAGAAGACAGGAGUAGUCUUUAUUCUUAGGGUUAUCAAGUUUACAGAUAUCUACUAGUGCAUGUCCUUACAGAAAUAUGCCAAGGAGGAGGAAGAGGUCAUCUCACCACCGACCGCCAUUGGUAUUUACAGAGAGUCCUGUAAGCAAACGGAGAAAUGUGCCCACUCCUGUUUAUUGUGCUCAGCACCCAGUAACUGUACCACAGCGCAGUGCCAGUAAUGUGUCUUGGGUAUCUCCUCAGUUCAGUCACAUCAGAGGCACUGUUAGAGGACAGCGUAGGGCCCGCAGAAGAAUAUCGCCUCCUUCUUUGAUUGGCAACAAGCCUCCUUGCACGUGUCAUGGUAGGACUAAUUCCAAAUCUCCCAGAUUCAAUGGACUGAAGAAAAAAUCAAAGUUUUCUUCUCUUCAGUUUGUAGGGGAGAGAACUCCCCCUGUUACAGUGAUGCAGGAUGUGACUUUCUCAGACAAUGAAGAUGAAGGUGAAAACCAAAAAGAAAAUUCCCCAGACAAAAACCAUAGAAGAGAAACAUCAUUUUCAUAUAGGAAAAACCGUAACAGAUGUGAAUCAGUUUUACAAAAAAGUGUUAAUGAAUUAAUGAUGAACCCAGGUGUGAUUAAAACUCCAGAGCUGGUGGAUUUACCUCCAGAAAUGUGUGUGUCUCCUGUACCUGUGAAAAGAUUGUUUAAUGUGUUAUCUCCAACCAUUUCACUAAACUCACACAACAACCAAAGGUACAAAAAGAAGAAGCAAGGAAGGCUAAAACAGCAGUUUGUAGAAAACUUAGCAGAGAGGUCUUCCAUUUCUUCUCCGGACAGAAAGGCACCAUCAGAAGUGUUAGUAGCCGACACACCAGAGGCAGAAUAUGGACUGAACACACGAGUUCGAAGGUUACGGAGGAGGAAUAUUCAUUAUCAUUAGAAUUAGUUUCUGAAAACUAAGUACAUGUCUGAUUUAACAAUUUGAGUGCAAUAUUGAUGCUUUCCACCAUCAGGUCUUCCUGCAGUGCUGUUGUAUUUUGAAAUAUCCCCUCAAAUUUUUCACUCAUUUCUUUCUGGGGGUAUUACUGUUGUAUACGAGAUGCACUAUUAUCAAUAUCAGUAGAUGUAAUGAUUUGAACUCUUCAGUCUGUAUGUUCUGUUCAUGUGAUUAUUCAGUGGAUCUGCAUGUAUUAUCUCUGUGUGAACUUUAUUUUAGAUAUUUUAGAUGUACAAUGUGUAAUGUGAGAAAUUAAUUUGGAAAAAAUCAACAUUUUAAACAUCAAUUUGCAAGAAUAUAAAAUCAUGAAUUGUGAGUGGUUUACUCAAAUGGACUUAGAUCUAUAUAAAUUUAUUUAGUGAUGAACUACCGUAAUUGAGUAUGAUAUUGACAGACUAUACCAUACACGUUUUUGAUAAAGGUUGUAUUUAACAUUUAUAUUUUCUUUAUUCCUGUUACAUGUAAUUACGUAAAUAAAUAUGAUGAAAUCUGA